GCGCUGCAUAGCGAGCUCGCCCCGCCACAUACCGUUCGCUCUUCCGUCUUUCGUAGCACUACCACUUUACCCGGACAACAUGAGGGAAUGCAUCUCAGUCCACAUCGGCCAAGCCGGCGUGCAGAUCGGCAACGCCUGCUGGGAGCUCUACUGCCUCGAGCAUGGCAUCCAGCCCGACGGUCAGAUGCCGUCUGACAAGACCCUGGGGGGUGGAGAUGACUCGUUUAACACCUUCUUCAGUGAAACCGGUGCUGGCAAGCAUGUGCCGAGGGCUGUGUUUGUGGACUUGGAACCAACUGUUGUCGACGAAGUCCGCACCGGUACAUACCGUCAGCUGUUUCAUCCAGAACAGCUUAUCACUGGCAAGGAGGACGCCGCCAACAACUACGCCAGAGGACACUACACCAUCGGCAAAGAAAUAGUCGAUGUCGUCCUCGACAGGCUUAGGAAGUUAGCUGACCAAUGCACAGGUCUUCAGGGCUUCCUGGUGUUCCACUCGUUUGGCGGAGGCACCGGAUCCGGCUUCACCUCGCUGCUGAUGGAGCGCCUCUCCGUCGACUAUGGCAAGAAGUCCAAGUUGGAGUUCUCUAUAUACCCCGCACCUCAGGUGUCAACAGCAGUGGUCGAGCCGUAUAACUCUAUCCUGACCACGCACACCACUCUCGAACACUCGGACUGCGCUUUCAUGGUCGACAACGAGGCCAUCUACGACAUCUGCCGUCGGAACUUGGACAUCGAGCGUCCUACGUACACCAACCUUAACAGGCUGAUCGGACAGAUCGUAUCCUCCAUCACAGCCUCCCUCCGCUUCGACGGCGCCCUCAACGUGGACCUAACGGAGUUCCAGACCAACUUGGUGCCGUACCCGCGCAUCCACUUCCCAUUGGCUACCUACGCGCCCGUCAUCUCGGCGGAGAAGGCGUACCAUGAACAGCUGACGGUUGCCGAGAUUACUAACGCUUGCUUCGAGCCUGCCAACCAGAUGGUGAAAUGCGACCCUCGCCACGGCAAGUACAUGGCGUGCUGCAUGCUGUACCGGGGAGACGUGGUGCCCAAGGAUGUGAACGCGGCCAUCGCCACCAUCAAGACCAAGAGGACCAUCCAGUUCGUGGACUGGUGCCCCACAGGAUUCAAGGUGGGUAUCAACUACCAGCCGCCGACGGUGGUCCCUGGUGGUGACCUGGCGAAGGUGCAGCGAGCCGUCUGUAUGUUGUCCAACACCACCGCCAUCGCUGAAGCCUGGGCCAGACUUGACCACAAAUUCGACCUGAUGUACGCGAAGCGCGCCUUCGUCCACUGGUACGUCGGCGAGGGCAUGGAGGAGGGAGAGUUCUCCGAGGCGCGUGAGGACCUCGCCGCGCUCGAGAAGGACUACGAGGAGGUCGGAGUCGACUCCACUGAGGGGGAGCUCGAUGAGGAGAAUGAGUAUUAAGAGGUUAGGCGGGUUGCCAGAUCAGAACAGAAUUAUCUCUAGGUAAAAUGGAUCAUUGAAGGGUUGAGAGCUACGAUCGUUGCUCCCGAUAUGAACUCCAAAAUUAUGACAUUUAUCUGGCAACCCUAGUUAGGUGCGUGAGCAUUGACUACCUACAUUUUGAGCAAUACGUGACUGUUAAGUGUUACACCUUUAUGAAUUAUACCUGGGCCGUGGUAAAGAUAAAAAAACUAGAUACUUACCCUUGACACAAGAAAAGUAAAUAUUUGGUAGCAAGACUAAUGCAAUGCAUUAAAUUUCUUAUUUUAGAGACUUUGGAUUAAAAAUAACUUCCUGGGUACGUUCUAUGGUCUAAACAAGGUGUAGACAUAAAAAAAAGUUGGUCACCAUAGUCAAUGCUUAUGAUCCAUAACCUAAACUUUAGUAACAGAGGAGAUUAACUCUAUUAACAAUAAAAAAUCCUUAAUGAAUGAUUUAAUAAUUGUGGAUCAUUUUUCUUCUAAAUGUUAUUGAGAUUGUUUGAUACAAAUCGUCAAAUUUCCUUUGUUUUCGUCAAUUUAAUAACUAAGAUAGCAUUAAGACUCGAGCUUGACUGAAACGCUAACAGUGCAAACUUUCGGAAAGUAUUUUCAAAUGAAAGUUUAUGUCUGUGUUAUGUUUAACUGCAUUUAUUAAUUGUAACAAACGUGAUAAUAUAAUAACGUGGAUUUAAUAUAGUUUAACGCUAGAGCUAACUUAUUUGAGUUCUUGUUUAUGUGGUGAGAAUUUUUGUACGUAGGUUUACGGAUGUUUUUAAUGCACAAUAAACAUUUUACACAUU